UUUCCGUGCGUAAUUCCGCGAUUUAGCACCUUUUAUUCUUUGUUUGUCUGCGAUUUAUCGAUUUUUCCUACUAACCCAGUCUGCGGGUUGGGGAUUUUCGCGCUGGCAACCGCUCCUCCUGUCAAAUUGAGUCAGCUGAUAAAAAUAUUUUUAAGUGGUUAUAAACGUCAAAAAAGGGCGAUUUUAUUUUUAAUUCUUGGUUUUAAAUGUGGGGGCGAUGAUAUUUUACUUUCGGGCAUCAAUUAAAGAUGGAUAAAUACACAGUCGAUUUGGACCAAGUCUUGAACGAUUUCGAAUACAGCGAGUUGACGGAUCAGCACGGCUUCGAACAGGCUAAAGCCGCAGCGAAAAAUCCGCCUGGAUACGUACACAAUAAUUUCAAAAACACUAACGUGAAGCACUCGAUUAAUAACGUAUUUCAUAGUUUGAAUGAGUACCUCAACUCUGAUAUUUCUCCCAAGUGUGAAGUUAAACCCGUUGUAACCGAAGCGAGUUACUCGGGGGAGGCGCAAGUUGACAAUAACCCACCUGAAGCACCUGAGACAGCCGACAAUAGUUGUAAUGAAGAAACCGUAACUCCACCUAAAGAAGAAGAUUUAAUUUGUAUAGAUACGGAAGUGGUGGAGAUUCAUGAACCGGAAGCGGAGUCCUGUGACGACAGCGAUGACGACAAAUCACCGGAGACCGAAUCUGAGCACGUUGCCUUGAUUGAAACAACUGAAGAGUCAAUUAAACAAAAGACUGAUUCAAUUGAAGAAACUCCAGUUGAAAAUAGUGUCCUUGAGAUUGUGAAAACUGAAGAAGAUGUGGUUAAGACUGAAGACGACAACAGUGUGAUUAAAAUUGGCUUUGAUGAUGAUUUAGAUCUAGAUGAGUCAGAAUUGAAUAGGUAUUUAGAUGAAUUAGAGGAAGAAUACAAGAAUGAGGCACCAAGUGAAGAAGUGACCGAAGGCUGUGAGACGCAAAACGUCGAAGACGUAGUAGUCGAAGAAAAACCAAUAGAAGAACCAAAAGUAGAAGUAGAGGAGGAUGAAACCAUUUCAAAUCCAAGGCCUAACAACCUCGCGCUACCCAGUCAAGAAGGCGAUGACUCCACUAAAAGUGUCAUUGAUUUAGUAGGCGAACCGGGUUCCACUCCGUACAAUAACGUUUAUAUUAACAAAGAAUUGCCUCAAGAGAAGCAGAAUAGUGAUACUGAGUGUUCCACUUCAGCGUCGCCUACUUUUUCAGACAUUUCUACUGAAACUAACUCGUCGUGUACCCCCUCCACCGAUACUGUCAACGACGAGAAUCAAAACGAAGAUGGCGCUGGUGACAGUAAGAAUGAAGACACUGUUGAAGCGAAAGAAGAAGCUAAAAGUGAAGAAAACGGCGAGACGAAUGAAGCAGGGGGUAAUCCAGUGGAGGCGGUUAACGGCGGCGGCGAAUCAAGUGAACCGCCGCCACCGCCGCCGCCGCCACCCGAGCAGUCUGCUACUACCACAAACAAUUCUUGGUUGGGUAAGCAAGCCCCCUUGUGGAUUCCUGACGCGGAGGCCACCAGCUGCCUCCACUGUGAGCAGAAGUUUACGGUGAUCAAGCGCCGCCACCACUGUCGAGCUUGCGGCUACGUGUUGUGUUCGAAGUGUUGCAACCUCAAGUACCGUCUGGAGUACCUGGAGGACGUGGCACGGGUUUGCAACAAGUGCUACGAUAUCCUGGCCAAGGAGGCCACUAGUAGCUCCGGGAGCGAGUCCAACUCCCCUAGGAUGUCCCAGCCGAACCCGAACAACCCGUUGGAGUACUGCUCGACGGUACCGCCACACCAGCAAGUCAGCGGUACCAACCAAAAUCCACCAGCCGUUAUGGUACCGGUGGGUGUUUUGAAAAGGAAAGGGUCUAACAAAGCGAGGACUAACAAGAGUGUUAUGUUUUGUGACGGGAUACGACCGGGGAGUGAUUUGACGAAUUUGGAUAACGAUUUUAGCUAUAGUGGUGGGAGCAAGAGGGAGGAGGGAGUGAAGGUGAGCGACAGGAGUUUUCCGGUGAUGGAUGGAGAUACCAAGAGCUUUAUUCCAAAGGGGGAAGAUCUGCCGCCGACGGUUACCAUCAAUAAGACAGAUGUGUCAUACUUGGAGUGUUCAAACGGCCCCAACGUCGUCGAAAUGUUAAAAAACGAAGCGCUAAUCUUCGCACUGCAGCCGAAUUUGCUCGUACACGUCAAAGUCAUCAACAUGGACUGUUGUAUAAACAAAAUCGCUUGGUGCUUCUCCACUGAAGGUCUGAUAAACGUAGGCCAGGACGAAAUCGUCAUCCUUUUAGAACUCCUAGACGACGAAAAAACCGUCCCCAAAGACGUUUUCCUCCACAUCAACAACAUCUACCUAGAAGCCGUCAAAGGUACUUCCGUCAAAGAAAUGGGUCUGUCGUUACACAACACGACGAACUUCCUGGGUUCCAAGAACCACGCAGGUUUUGUUUAUAUUCGACCGACAUUCCAGUGCUUGCAGAACGUUAUUAAGCCGCAAGAACCGUACUUGAUUGGAGUUUUGAUACACAGAUGGGAAACCCCAUGGGCGAAACUCUUUCCAUUGCGCCUAGUUUUAAGACUGGGGGCCGAGUAUAGGUACUACCCGAGCCCCAUAAUUUCCAACCGGUACCGGGACAGCGUGUUCGUGGAAAUCGGCCACACCAUCAUCAACCUCCUAGCCGAUUUCCGGAAUUUCUCCUACACGCUGCCGCAAAUCCGGGGCUUAACCAUCCACAUGGAGGACAAAAACACCACGGUGACGAUACCGAUAAAUCGCUACGACCAGGUUAUGAAAUCGAUGAACAACUCGAGCGACCACAUUUUGGCUUUCGCCGGAAAUUUCAGCAACUUGGCGGACUCCCACCUAGUGUGCAUCCAGGAUACUCAAAGUAACGAAAACGCGUACAGCACGCACGCUAUUAACAUACACAACAAACCCAGGAAGGUCACCGGGGCUAGUUUCAUCGUUUUUAAUGGCGCUCUUAAGUCCUCGAGUGGCUUGACGGCGAAGUCGUCUAUAGUGGAAGACGGGCUCAUGAUACAGAUCCCCCCGGAGCACAUGACUCAGAUCAGGGACAGUCUGAGGAAUAUGAAAAAUCACACGAUACAGUGCGGCUGCAUCAACGCGGCGUCGGAUGAAACCGUGAACGUGAUCUGGGGCGAGCCGGACGUCAAUUUCAACAUUAACGUUUUUUCGCCCAUUGAUAAUAAGCCGAUGGAAGGGAUUCCGUCGAUUAGGGUGCAUAACGGGAAGGACUACGUAAAUGGGGGUCGCUUAAUCCGGUGGACGGAGGUUUUUAUUGUACAGAAUGAGGGUGAGGCGAGUCGCAACCAGGACCCUAUAGAUAUUUCCAAGGUCUCGGAGACUAUAGCGAAAGCCACGUGUACGGCUCUUGUUAAAUACUUGGACUUGUUAGUUAGUAAUAGUUUUUAUAAAAUUGGGAUUCGGGCCAAUCUUAACGCUUAUUUCGUGGCGUAUAGCGCUGGUAGCAACGCCAUGAAGUUGCCUCCUAUUUACAUGGAAAGUUUGGAUAAUGAGUUGGUUCCUGUGCUGCACAGGAACGCUACGAGCGAUUGUGACGAGAACACAAUAAUCCUGGAAUUAAUAUUCCGCAUUUUAAACAAAUAAUUAAUACGUACAGGGUGGCUCAAGGGAUCACUCAAAACUCGCAGUAUUAGGUCAGUGAGGUGUGCUUUUCGACCGUGAGGUGGCGCUUUUCGGCUGGGCCGCCCUGUAUCACCGCUUGUAGAUUGAUGUAUUGUUAAUUUAUAUAUUAAAAUUUUAUUUGUUAUUUUUAAUUAAUUAUAAUAAAAAGAACACACUA